GCCAUGGAGAAGAAAGCAGCAAAAACAACAAUCGCUUUUCUAUGCCCGAAGAAGGCUAUCAAGUCUUGAAGAAGAGCAAAGAAGAACACAAAAAAAGUCAGUUAUCUACUAAACUAGAAGAAACCAACGAUCCUUUAUCAUCUGUAUCACAGGAAGAAGGAAGAAGAACAUCAAUUGUAUCAACAGCAACUCAGUCAUUAUUGGGCGAACAUAUUACUGACAAGUUAGCCUUUAUCAAGAACAGCAUUAUCAUGAAUUCAGAUGACGAACAAGAAGAAGAAUCUAAUGCCACUAUAAAUAAUAAGGAUAGUGAUGUUGAAGAUAUACCAAGAACACUUCACAGAAGGGCAAGCUCGAUUCUAAAAGUUGGACAGGAUAUCGUAAAAAUGAUCAGCGGUGUUGCUGAAGAAGAACAAGAAGUACAAGAUACUGACCACAAAUUGUCUUCCUCUGUGUCUUCCACCACCUCCUCAUUCAUGACACCUUCCUCUUUGUUUUCUGCAUUGACAGGAGCUAUACCUGAAUCCUCUUUUUCUUCCUCUUCAGUAUCCACAAAGAAACGACAAGAAGAGGGUCUUGUUAACAACAUCAUUCAGGAAGAAGAUGAAGAAGACGAAGAAUUGUUUGAUUUCACCAAAGUAAUUGAGAUUGGAAAGAACGUAAAGACAUUUAGUAAAGGUGUUGUUGGCAACAGUAUUCGCAUGUUUAGUGAUGUUGCUACUCAGAUAAAGACAUCCAUCGAGGAAGAAGAGAUAAAGAGAAGACAAGAAGCAUUGGCAACAAUGAAGCAAGAUGAUCAUUCAGCGGAUGAGAAUGAAUGGAUGCACAAUUAUCUCUAAAAAAAACCAUUUAUUUAUAAAUACAUAAAAUA